AUGGCUUCAAGUAACAAAACAUGGACGUUUAACGGAUACCGUGAAAUAUUGGCUUCUAAUCUAACUAUUGAUACUUUACGGCAAUUAUGCUACGAUGGAUUACUUCGAAAGUCAGUUCUUCGAUCCUUAGUUUGGAGGAUUAUGCUAAACUGUCUACCAGUUUGUAAACUUGAAUGGAAAACCAUUUUACAUAGAUCGAGGGCAGAGUAUGAUAAAUUGAGAAAAAUUCACAUAACAGAUCCUCACGAUGAAAGUUUUUCACAAGAUCCCCAAGAAAACAAUCCUUUGACUCAAACAGACCAGAACCCCUGGCAGAAAUAUUUCGAAGAUCAUGACUUACGUGACAUCAUCUCCAAAGAUGUUAUGAGAACAUUUCCUGAAAUUUCCUUUUUCCAACAAGCAAACAUUCGAGAAAGCAUGUCUGAGAUAUUAAUUGUUUAUGCCAAACAACAUCCUUACAUUUCAUACAAACAGGGUAUGCAUGAAAUCCUGGCUCCUCUGCUUUUCGUACUUUGCUCAGAUAUUGAAUUGUUCGAACACAUGAAAGAAGGACCGGAAUUUGGAUUUCUCAAUGAAGAAGAUAAAAAAAUUCUAGAAAACGUCUACGAUCGCAAACACUUCGUUCAUGACACUUACAUCUUGUUUCGGGAAGUUAUGUUGGAAAUAGGAACUUGGUAUGAAGAUUCUGAACUAGCGGGAGAAAAGCCGAAAUCGAACGAACCUUUCUUGAGAAUGCAUGAUGCUGUACCAUCCACCAUGAUAGCUUUGGAGUUGAGCAAAGUUGGCGAUUGUCUUCAUUCCUACGAUCCAGAGCUUAGUAGUCAUCUGAAAAAUCUGGAUAUUCCACCUCAACUUUUUGGAAUUCGCUGGCUUCGACUCUUGUUCGGUAGGGAGUUUCCAAUACACGAUUUGCUUUUCAUAUGGGAUAUAAUCUUCUGUGAAAGACCCAUAGUGCGAAUGGUCCAAUCCGUCUUCAUAGCCAUGUUGAUUUAUAUAAGAGAAUUACUUUUAAAAAGUGAUUAUGGAGGUUGUCUUCAUUACCUCAUGAAAUAUCCACCAGUUGUUGAUAUCACUGUCUUCAUGCAAUUAGCUCGCCAUUUCAAUUGUCCAAAGAAAAUCGGACGACCCAAUUUAACGGCACUGUCUAACUUCGCCAAUAUCACAGUCGCGGGAGUUGCUCAUCCUAAUACUCAAAAGGAAUUCGUAGUUCCAAAGAAUGCAGUUCCUGCAAUGAGACCAAGACAGCGCUCAGUAUUUGAGAAGAUGAAGGAGACUUUGAUCGAAAAUACAACUCAAAAAACUUCUCCCCAAGCAACUCCUAAGAAAGGAGGGAUAUCCGGUUGUUCAAGCCCAGCUGAUAAGGGUGGCAGACCUUGGGGAAAGGAGUUAGAGCUAAUGGAAAAUCAAGUUGCUUGUUUGCAAUCUGCUCUGAAUGAGAAGGAUGUUCUCUGCUCUGACGUCGCCAAAAGAAUGGAUACUUGCGCUGAUAAGUUGAACAGUUUGAACAGUGUGGAAACAGCUAAGACAGUAGCCAUCGAGUUGAGACAACUGAGCGCUCGUUUAACCAAUUGCUGUGAGUUACAAAGUUUGAGAAAGAACUAA